GAUUCUGGCUGAUUCCGCAGCUUUGGCUUUGACUCUGGCUCUGCCGUUCUGCUGUUGUUUUGGUGGUGGUACUUUUCGUGCGCUCCAGUUUGCACCAAAUAAAAUCAAGUAAACCUCCAUCUGAACAAUGUCGGAGCGAAAAGUAUUAAACAAAUACUAUCCUCCGGAUUUCGAUCCGUUGAAAAUACCCAGGCUCCGUCUUCCAAAAGACAGACAGUAUACGGUUCGUUUGAUGGCACCGUGUAACAUGAGGUGCAAAACAUGCGGUGAAUACAUCUACAAGGGCAAAAAGUUCAACGCAAGAAAAGAGACCGUGCAGAAUGAGGACUACCUGGGCAUCAAAGUGUUCCGCUUCUACAUCAAGUGCCCACGAUGCCUUGCCGAAGUCACGUUUAAGACAGAUCCACAGAACUCUGACUACAUCGUGGAGCAUGGAGCGACGCGGAACUUCCAGGCGCUCAAGUUGGCCGAGGAAGCGGCAGAGCGUGAGGCGAGGGAGGAAGAAGAGGACGAGAAGAACAACCCAAUGAAGCUCCUGGAGAAGAGGACCCAGGCGUCCAAGCAGGAGAUGGACCUCAUCGAGGCACUGGAGGACCUCAAGGACCUGAACAAGCGGCAGGCCAACGUCAACUUUGACGCCAUGCUGGGCCGCUACGCUGCAGAGCGGGAGGCCAUGUUGAAGAGGCAGGAGGAAGAGGACGAGAACCUUAUCGCGUCGGUCUUCGGGAAGAGUGCGGAAGGUGCCGUGAAGAGGAUCGUCGAGGACAGCGACGAAGACAGCGAAGAGGACAAGCCGAAGAGACCGCGGACGACGUACGAAAAGCCGACGGACAUUCUGGCCGAGGGAACCAGUGUCUCCAACACGCAUGCAGCAGGGCCUACACUGAUGUCAACCUCAAAGGCACCAGUUGCUCCAAAGUCGAGCUCGAAGUCGCUGCUAGCAGGUCUCGUCCGUCCCAAGUCGACACAAUCCACAUCCGAGCCCCAAAAGCCGGCGGGGUCUGGCGCCUCGUCAAGCCAAUCUGCCACGUCAAAUCCUGUUGCUUCGAGCGGGCUCAAUCUUUUGGGAACCUACUCUGGAAGUGACGAGAGUGACUGAUAAUGUCGGUUACAAGCACGUAUAUGAAAAAAAAAAAUUAUGCGACCACUGUAAUUAUAGUUGUCACCAAGUGUGAACACGCGGAUUUCGUGCUUCACUAGUGGGCAGUAACAAACAUUUUACAUCUGUAAUAUAAAAUCAUUUUCUGUAUCACA